AUGAAUUUCAUCAAGAAGAGCCUGUGCAGCAACGAAUUCGGUGGAAAUGGCGCAGAUCCAACCGACGGUAUAACCGUAAGGAUUCGACAUGUUUUGGACGCGGAUAAGGAGGCGCCAGUUGCUGGUGGUAGCCUUGUAGCAUGGAACGGUCUCAAGAUGAGGGGUCCCAAGGAGCAGUUCAUGGGCGGCUAA